AAUGCUAGAAUAUACUGGACAGACUAAAGCAAAUUCAGAAGGUCUUCAUACAGUUGUAGACUCUGAUAUAGAAAGCUGGCUAAAGUAAUAGAUGGAAUAACAUAUUUUAGAAGACCUAAAUCUAGUUCACAACAAGAUUAUCGAAAACUAUUCGAAUUAACGAAACAUUAUUAUUCUGCUUAAGUACCUUAGGCAAAUAGUGAUGAGAUUCCUGAGUUUGAUACUUAGGAGGAUUCUUUUUAACAAAGACCUUCUAUGUGUACGAAUAAAUCGAGCAAAUAAAGCUUUGAAGUUAUGAAAGAGGAGAAGUAAUAGGAAAAAGAAUUAAUCACUCCUUUAAAUGAUGAGGACAAGCAUUUAUUGUUGAGGAGUGAUUAAGAGUAAUGCAAAUUGUUAGGAAUUAAAAUGAAGAGUGGUGGAUGCUAUACAGGACAGUGGUACAAAAGAAAACCUCAUGGCAUUGGGGAGUAUGUAUUUGCUGAUUAGAGUAGAUAUGUAGGAGAAGUAAAAAGAUAUUACAUUAAUAGUGGAAUAAUGGUUAUGCAAGUGGAAAGGGAGAGUAUUAUUAUGCUGAUGGAGGAUAUUAUAAAGGAGAAUUUCAUUUAAAUAGCAUGCAUGGCACAGGAAUUUAUAAAUAUACAGAUGGAACAAUAUAUGAAGGUAUGAGUUAUUCUUAUCAUUUAGGUUAAUGGAUGAACGAUAAAUAUCAUGGAUAUGGAAUUGAAUUAAAAAAUGAUAGCCAGUAUAAGGGUAAGAAUUAUAUAUAUAUUAGGUAAGUUUAAAAAUGGUUUGAAACAUGGUUAAGGAAUUUUGAUAUUUUCUAAUUAGGAGAAAUAUGAAGGUUCAUUUGUGAAUGGUUUAUUUGAAGGGAAAGGAAUCUUUGUAAAAAUUCUAUUUUUAUCUUUAGAUUUGGCCAGAUGGAAGAAGAUAUGAAGGAGAUUGGAAAAAAGGAAUGAUGCAUGGAUAAGGAAUGUUACAAUGGCCAGAUGGUAAUGUAUUAUAUCUAAAUAGGUCGUAUUUAUGUAGGAUAAUAUGUGAAUGACAAAAGACAAGGAUUCGGUACAUUCCAAUUUGCAGAUGGUCGUAAAUAUGCAGGUUAAUGGAUGAAUGGAUUAUAACAUGGAUCAGGAGAAUUUACUGAAUUUCUUGGUUAAAUUACAAAAGGAGUUUGGAGAGAUGGCAAAUUGUUUUCACUUUAUUGAUU